AUGCGCCCAGCAGUACUUUAUUCCGGUUGUCAAGAUUGGGCACGCUGGGUUACAACAAAUCCACCGCAGAUGUUGAAGCAAACCUCUUCGGUCCCAUGGAUAUGCGCAAGAUGUACUCGUCAACAGCAACCUCUGCGACGCCUUCUUCAUACGUCCAGCUCCCGCCAUGACAACAGCCACCCAGCAGCUGUACGCUCCAAGCAACCGAACACAUUUUCUAGCAUACAAUCGAGCUCAUCAAAACACAAUGACCACGCCCUGCGUCAAAUCUUCGACUCGCCAGCCUUCUGGAGCGAAUUCUCCCAGCAUUCGAGGGCUUCGUACAUGAGACGAAGCCAUGGGCUAUUUCAGAAUAAAUACUUGACUAGUCCUGAAGGAUUCGAGCGAUUUGCACAGUCGAAUCUCCGAAAAGCUAAGAAGAUUGUGGAUCAGGUGCUUCAGGCAAAGAGUAAAGAGGAAUACGGCAAAGUGGUUAAGCAACUCGACAGACUUAGCGACUUGCUAUGUAGAGUCAUUGACCUUUCGGACUUUGUCCGAGCUACCCACCCAGAUCGCCUAAUAGAGGCUGCAGCUGUGAGGGCGCAUUCCAUAAUGUAUGAGUACAUGAAUGUUUUGAAUGCCACAACUGGUCUGGCGGAACAAUUGGAGGUUGCUUUGAGUGAUGAUACUAAGCUGUGGGACGAAGAAGAGAAGAUGGUUGCCGAUAUUCUCCGCCGAGAUUUUGCAAAGUCGGCUAUUGAUCUUCCUCAGAGUAAGAAAGAUCGUUUCGUGGCUUUAUCGCAAGAGAUCAAUCUUGUUGGUUCGCACUUCUCGGAGUCUAUGUCUCCUGCCAAGCAGUAUCUGACUUUCAACAAAAGUCAACUGCAGGGCGCAGAUCCCAUGCUCAUUCAGCAAUAUAGUAAUUGGGGACAGGUUGAUCUACCGACUGUUGGGAUGCCUUCACUCAUGGCUUUACGGACGGUCAAAGACCCCGAAAUCAGAAAGGAGAUAUUCAUGGGAAGUCGUACAGCUUCUCGAUCGACUGUUCGGAUGCUGGAACUAUUACUGAAGAAGCGAUCUGAGCUGGCAAAUUUGGUGGGUUUUGAAAGUUAUCUCCAUAUGGCUCUCGAGGACAAGAUGCUCAAUCACCCCUCUUCGGUGCACAAUUUUCUGUAUCAAGUCUCACAGGAGAACAGAAGCCCAAUGGCCGCUCAGCUCGACCAGCUCAGAGCAGCUAAAGCUCAUGCAGCCGGUACCGCUAACAGCACUGGUUCUCAUAUUGAUCCAUGGGACAAGGAAUAUUAUAUGACUCAGGUACUUCAGUCAACUCGUUCAAAGCAGCGGAGACCGGAUUUCUUAUCCUCCUACCUCUCUCUUGGCACAGUAAUGCAAGGACUCUCAAGAUUGUUCUCAAGGUUAUACGGAGUUCAAUUUGUACCCCAUAAUACAAUGCCAGGAGAGACGUGGAACUCAGAUGUCCGUCGCCUCGACGUGAUCUCGGAGACUGAAGGACUUGUGGCAGUCCUCUACUGUGACUUGUUCGCUCGCGAAGGCAAAUCACCAAACCCCGCCCAUUUCACUCUCCGUUGUUCGCGCUUUAUCAGUGACGAAGAAAUAAAUGAGUCUCGCGAAAGAAUGGAACCGAUCUUCGAAUCCCCAGAAGAGGCAUCUAACGACGGAAUGGCAUACUCUAGCUAUGGUCAAAAAGGAGGUAUCAUGCAACUCCCGACCAUCGCUUUGAUAUGCGACUUUUCCCUUUCCUCAAACCCACGGAAACCAGCACUUCUCAGCUUCGGUGAGGUCACAACUCUAUUCCAUGAGAUGGGCCACGCAAUUCAUUCCAUUCUUGGUCGAACCCGAUUUCAAAAUGUUUCCGGAACAAGGGUUGCCACAGAUUUUGCGGAAUUACCUUCCAUAUUAAUGGAACAUUUUGCUGCUGACAAAGACGUCCUAUCGCUAUUCGCGCGCCAUUACGAAACUGACGAGCCAUUACCCUAUGAGAUGAUCACCGACCAACUAUCUUUUGAAAAGAAGUUCGAGGCUUUUGACGUGGAAAAUCAACUUACUCUCUCUUUUCUCGACCAAGCUGUCCACUCACCCGCUGCAGCGCAGGCUGGUUUUGACAGCACGGCUAUAUAUCACGCUAUGCAAAGCAAAUACUCGCAGUUCGGACCUGAUCCCAGAGGGACUUGCUGGCAGGGAUUCUUCGGCCAUCUAUUCGGAUAUGGAGGAACAUAUUACAGUUACCUCUUUGAUCGUGUGCUUGCCAAGCGAAUUUGGCGCGAUGUCUUCAAAUCGGGAAAAGAACGUGGCGCUGUUACCAGAGAGCAUGGUGAGAGAUUCAAGUCCGAGCUGCUGCAGCAUGGGGGUGGGAAAGAUGCCUGGGAGUGCUUGAAGGGUGCUACAGGCGAUUCAAGGCUAUCUAAAGAUGCUGAUCCGAAAGAAAAGGCGAGUGUUAUUGGGGGAGGUGGCUUAAAAUGA